AUGGAUCUCCACGAACUCGAUGAAAUACGGUUAGAGACUUAUGAUAAAUCAAAUAUCUACAAGGAGAGAACCAAAGCCUUUCAUGACAAUAAGAUCCAACAAAAGGAUUUAAGAGCUGGAGACAAAGUUCUUCUGUUCAACUCGAAACUUCGGCUGUUCCUCGGGAAGCUCAAGUCAAGAUGGUCAGGACCCUUCGAAAUUAAGGAGAUCAUGCCUUAUGGAGCAGUGACUUUACUCGGGAAAGAUGGGACUGAGUUUACCAUCAACGGGCAAAGAGUGAAGAACUACAUGGCGAAUGAGAGCACAAAGGUGGUGACAUCUUUGUAUCUCACCGAUACCGCAACAGUUUGA